UAGUUUUGGUACACAAGACUCUAUUGGUGACAUGGAGUUCUCAAUAGAAGCUUUGGAGAGAGAUCUAAAUAACAUGAGAAAAUAUUAUGAGAGUGGAAAAACAAAAGAAUCAUCAUGGAGAGAAUCACAACUAAAAGGGUUGCGUAACUUUGUCAUAGAAAAUGAGGAAGAAAUCUUGAAGGUUCUAAAGAAGGAUUUAGGGAAGCAUCAUGUUGAGGCUUUUAGAGACGAGGUUGGAACCUUAAAGAGAUCCAUAGAUUUGGCAAUAAAGUCCUUCAAAAAAUGGAUGGUUGGCAAAGAGGCUAAACUGCCACAAAUAGCACUACUUUCAAGUGCAGAAAUUGUUCCUGAGCCACUUGGUCUAGUUCUAAUAAUCUCAUCAUGGAAUUUUCCCUUUGGAGUGUCCUUGGAGCCAUUAAUAGGAGCUGUAGCAGCUGGAAACAGUGUACUUCUAAAACCAUCAGAACUGGCCCCUGCUUCUUCUUCUCUUCUAGCUAAUGUUUUACCAAAUUAUUUGGACAAUAAUGGCAUUAAGAUCAUUGAAGGUGGACCUGAAGUUGGAGAGCAACUCCUCCACCAAAAAUGGGACAAGAUUUUCUUUACAGGAAGUGCAAGGGUAGGACGGCUUGUUAUGAAAGCAGCAGUGGAACAUCUCACACCUGUAACUUUGGAGUUAGGUGGAAAAUGUCCAGCACUCGUUGAUUCACUUUCAGCUACUUGGGACACUGAGGUGGCUGUGAAACGAAUUUUGGUGGCAAAGUAUGGGGCUUGUGCAGGACAAGCAUGCAUAGCAAUUGAUUAUGUCCUUGUAGAAAAGAGUUUCAGUUCCACAUUGGUGGAGUUAAUGAAAGAAGGGAUUAAGAAAAUGUUUGGAGACAACCCAAAAGCAUCUAACACCAUUGCAAGGAUAGUUAAUAAAAAGCAUUCUAAUAGAAUCAAGAGUCUUCUAAGUGAACCUAAGGUUAAAGAAUCGGUGGUUUUUGGUGGUUCCAUGGACGAUGAUGACUUAUUUAUUGAACCAACAAUAUUAUUGGAUCCGCCACUUGAUUCAGCAAUCAUGACAGAAGAAAUCUUUGCCCCCCUACUUCCCAUAAUCACUCUGGAGAAGAUUGAAGACGGUAUUAAGUUCAUAAAGUCAAAGCCUAAACCUUUAGCAAUCUACGUCUUCACCAAAAGCAAAACUCUGCAGAGAAGAAUGGUAUCUGAAACAUCAUCUGGGAGUAUUGUAUUUAAUGAUGCAAUUAUACAGUAUGCGGUCGAUACCCUCCCAUUUGGAGGAGUUGGUGAAAGCGGAUUAGGCAGGUACCAUGGGAAGUUCUCCUUUGAUACAUUCAGUCAUCAUAAGGCUGUGGCUAGGAGAAGUUUCUACACUGAUUUUUGGUUCAGGUUUCCUCCAUGGACUCUUGAAAAGUUCCAGCUACUUGAAGAAGCUUACAAUUUAGACUACAUUGGAAUACCUCUCGCCAUACUUGGCUUAAAGAAAUCAAAACGCUCAUUAUAUCAGGCUUGUGAUUGAUUGCCAAUUGCUUACUCCACUUUCCUAUUUUUCCAACGAUCAUCCACUAAGGAUAUUUCCAGGCUAUGAUAUUUAUUUAUUUAUUUAUGCUAUCAAGAUUCAAAGUGUGUAUGUUUCUCUUUGAAUAUGUAUUUCCUUUUUAUGGCUUGUUAUAAGGCUUGGAUAAGGCAAGGUUUGGGUGAAUGGUCUUUUAUUCAAAGUGUGUAUGCUUUUAUUAUAUUUAUAAAUUUUGAAAAGACAA